GGCUCCUCAGGGCUUGGGUCAAAUACACAGACACACUUCCCCACUGAUAGGAUCAAUAAAGUUUAAUUAUUAUUACAGGACAAAGUAGAGGCGCAUUCACUUCCACUCCAUCAGUCAGAAGCAGGAGUGAGGUCUGUGCAGAGGUCAUAUGUGGUGACAUCUUGGGAUCAGGCCGUUCCUCACAGAUGAGUUCAGCAGAGGACAGAGGUCAUGUGACCUCCCUACAGCUCAGCAUCUGCUGAUAAAAGGAGGAACGGCCCGACUCAGCACAUCAACCAUGUCAGGGAGGCGUGAAGGUGGAGCUCCGGCACCCGGGGGAACGCGCUACCGACUGCUGGCGGUGAGCUUCGGACUCCUGUGUGUCACACAGGCGUCUCUGAACGUGUGCCUGCGUCUGAUUCUCUACUCUGAGCUUCAGGCCAGUUACAACCUCCUGGCUGUGAAACACCAGCGCCUGCAAAGCGAAUGCAGCAGCAUGAGCCACGAGCAGCAGCAGCUGCAACACACGGUGGAGAACACGACCAGGGUGGCAAACGCUGUGCUGGCCAGGCUCCGAGAGGCCGAGCUGAAGAUAAAGACCUUGACGCAAAUGGUGCUGAAUCCAGCCUUCACAGACGCUGGACACGCGGUCAAAGAGGCUGAUGGUGGUCGUCAUGAGCGUGCGUUGAUGGAAUCUUCAGAAACCAGUUGCAGCACCUUGAUGGUCAAAGAUGAUCUGCUCCAAACCGCCGCUGCCGCAGGCUGCGUCUACUUCAGCGGCAGUUACUACUUCACGUCUCCGGAGCAGCAGAGCUGGAUGCAGAGCAGCACCUACUGCGAGCAGAGAAACGCCGCGCUGGUCGUCAUCGGCAGCCACGCAGAGCAGGAGUUGGUCAGCAGCUUCCAAAGGCCCGCGUGGAUCGGACUGAGCGCCAGGGAGGACGAGGGCCAGUGGACAUGGGUGGACGGGACGCCGCUGGGCACACAGUACUGGAUGGAGUCGCAGCCAAACGCAGACUCACACGUAGAUGAAGACUGUGCAGAAAUAACGACCGGAGACGCGACAAGAAACUGGAACGGCGCCUCGUGCAGCCAGAAAAAGUUCUGCAUCUGUGAAAGGACGCUGACUUCAGACCUCUUCUAGUGGUUUGAAGGACAGAGGUCAACACUCAGUGCUCACUGUAGGUGAAUGUGUUAAUGACAGAAUGAGACUGUCACUAAAUGUUCAUGUGUCUGAUAUCAGUCAGUGGAGGACGUUACUGUGGUUUAACUGUGUCAGUUUACAUGAAUAAAAGCACAAUAUAAACAAAUGGAAACUAAG